AUCGCGACCAGCCUCACGCUGGGCGCCCUGCUUUCGACUUUCAUCUUCCCUCCCCCUUUUACCCAUGCAGCAAGCUCUGUGCAGUGGUGCUUGAGCCUAACUGCGCUUUUGCUGGAAUAAUGCGUCGUCGGUCGCAUCAGUCACCCGCCGCGCGGGAUCUAAAUCAUUUCCAGCUCGUCGCUGCCAAAAGGGACGACCCAGACGUGACUGAAUCUGUCUUCACGAGCACGGAGACCAAGGUCGACCAUGGCAGCACUAUAGUGUCAGACCAGCUUGUCACAACGAAGGUGACUAUCUCGGAUUCAAAGUCCACAGACUCUUCAACUUCGACUUCGACUUCGGCAAAGAGCUCGAGCACUUCGGACCACUCGACGACGACGACUACUUCUUCAUCAAGUCAAUCUACCUCAUCCACGAAGUCCUCAUCCUCGGAUAGUACAUCUACCUCCGCUCACUCGACGUCGUCCGGUUCAUCGUCCACUACCUCAGCUACUUCCACUGGCACUGCGUUUUCAUCUACGCACCUGACUUCGACGUCUGCGUCCUCGAGUGCUAGUGCACCCAACGCAUCAUCUUCGUCGUCGUCCACCCUCGCAGGAGCCUCUGCCAAGCCAAAGGUCCUCUCAACCGGCGCGAUUAUCGGCAUUGCUGCCGGAGGCGGCGCCCUUGUGCUCCUGCUUCUGAUCUUUAUCAUACGAAAGCGCUGUCUUCGUCGCAAGGAGCGGCGGCUUGACCAAUGGCUUGAGCCCGCGCUCCCUAGUACGUCUCCGUCCGCUGUCACUCUCGAGAAGGCCGUGCCUCCUUCAGAGUCCAUGUCUCCGCCGACCAUUAGCCGGGCCCCGAGCAGCGUGUAUCCAGCUUCUGUGCGCAGAGACAUGGUGUCGCCUCCGGCACCGAUGCCCGCGCGCCAGUAUAUACCCCCGUCGCAGGCCCUCGGUCCGCGUCCGAGUCAAAGGAUGCAGCCACAGAUGUACAACCCCUCCCCUCCUCCAAUGGCCUAUGCACAGCCCCCCGUCCCGUAUCAGAGAACGCCGCCACCAAUGACCUACAACUCCUACACACCACCUCCCGUUGCACCUGCACCCGUUCCUGCGCCUGGUGCGUAUCCCGAGGCUUUGCGGCCUGCACACAGGCAAACAACUUCCUCCGAGGGAAGCGUGUCGUUCGCACUUGUCCGCGCAGCGUUCGUACCGAGCCUAGCAGACGAGCUCGCGGUCAACGCCGGUGAGAUGGUUCGUGUACUGGCAGAGUACGACGACGGGUGGGCACUGUGUGCCAACCUGCGCGGCGAACAGGGUGUUGUUCCUCAGGAAUGUUUGCAGCGCCGACGGCCGGCUGAUCAACGGCGCGAUGAUCAGCUUGCUUUUAUGAGUCCCAACACGGGCGCGCAGAACAAUAGCAAUAACCAGGCUGGUGGCAAUCAGUAUGCACCACAAAUGCAGGGCGCGGGAUACCGAUAAUUAACAUAUGUGCUGGACUCCCGCUCCUUCCCUGUGUCUGUGUUCAUCAGCAGGAGCCUCUUCGGGACAUUUCGACUGUAACUUAUGCUAGAUCAUGCAACGUGCCCCAUGUUGUAUCUUAGCCUUCUUUUCACAUCCGUGCAGCUAGCAGAAGGCCUCAACUGCAGCUUGCUUGACCUUGCGAUAUCCACGUUGACCCGAACCUUUUUGUUGUCCGGUGUUACCCUUAGUGCGGCGGUAAUUCUUGCGUUGGUUCUGAUGAUGUAUAUAUAGUACUUUAGCAACUUUGUCGAUGUUGAUGUGACGG